GGAAUAGGUAUUUGGAGAAGAGGAGAAAGUACUACUUGUGCCCACUGAUUUCUCAGAGGAGUACCUCUACUGAAAAAACACUUCAGCAUGAAUUGUUAUGUGUCACUACAAUUUCUCUUGGGACUGGCUCAACUAUAUCCCUGUCACACAGAUAUGACCAACUCUAAAAUGCAUGAGAUGAACCAGUCACUACGAUCUCAUUUAAGAGCAAAGCGGAGCUGGGUGUGGAAUCGUUUUUUUGUGCAAGAGGAGCUGACAGUAACUGAGCAACAUGUUGGCCGGCUGAAAUCUAAUCUGGAUGAAGGGGAUGAGUCUUUGUUGUACUUGUUGUCUGGGGAUGGAGCUGGGAGUAUUUUUACCAUUAACAACAGAACAGGUGAUAUAACUGCCAUAAAAAAGCUUGACAGAGAGGAGAAAGCCUACUACAAACUUAGAGCUCAGGUAAUAAAUAUUUACACUGGGAAACCUGUGGAACCUGAGUCUGAAUUUGUCAUCAAAGUUCUGGAUAUCAAUGACAAUAAACCAGAAUUCCUAGAUGGACCUUAUGAGACCACCAUACCAGAGAUGUCUCCAGAAGGAACUUCUGUUAUCCAGGUGACAGCUACAGAUAAUGAUGAUCCUUCACAUGGGAAUAAUGCUAGACUCAUUUAUACUAUACUACGGGGACGACCCUAUUUUUCUGUAGAGCCAACGACAGGAAUACUAAGAAUUUCUUCACAAAUGGACCGAGAGGCUAAAGACCAGUAUUUAGUUGUUGUUCAAGCCACAGACAUGCUUGGUCUUCCAGGAGGACUUUCUGGCACAACAACUGUCACAAUUAAUCUCUCUGAUGUCAAUGAUAACAGGCCUAUAUUUCAACUUGGACUCUACCACAUGAAUGUCUCUGAAUCUGCACCAGUUGGAACUUCCAUAGGAAUAAUCAUGGCAGAAGACAGUGACAUAGGAGAGAAUGCAAAAAUGAAUUACAGUAUUGAAGAUGGUUCAUACAUCUUUGACAUUAUCACCAAUAAUGAGACUCAGGAAGGAAUAGUUGUAUUAAAAAAGAAAUUGGAUUAUGAGGUUCAGCGACAAUACAGCAUUCGAGCAAAAGUUACAAACAGCUUUAUUGAUAAAAAUUUCCCAAAGGAUGAAAAUUCCGGACAAACUACUGUUAUUAAAAUCAGAGUGGAAGAUGCUGAUGAACCACCAAUUUUCUCCCAUCUGGAGUAUCCAAUGGAGAUUGCUGAAGAAUCUCCCUAUGGUUCAUAUGUGGGCACUGUAUUUGCCAGAGAUCCAGAUAUUACCAACUCUCCAAUCAGGUAUUCUAUUGUUGGCUGCAGUUUAUUCAGCAUUGAUGACAAUGGCACCAUCAUUACAACUGAACCUCUGGACCGGGAGAUAGCUAUAUGGCAUAACAUAACUGUUAUAGCCACUGAAAAAAAUAAUUCACAACAAGUAUCUGAGGCACAUGUGCAUGUGCAGGUUCUGAAUGUCAAUGACCAUGCCCCUGAAUUCUUCCAGUACUAUGAGACAUAUGUUUGUGAAAAGGCAAAUGCUGGGGAGCUAAUUCAGAUCAUCAGUGCUGUGGAUAGGGAUGCUUCUGCAGAAGACCAUUUGUUUUACUUCAAUCUGUCUACAGAAGCCACAACCAACUUGAGUUUUACUGUCAGAAACAAUCAAGAUAACACAGCUGGAAUUCUGACCACCAGGAGUGGCUUUAGCCGCCAAGAACAGCCUGUCUUCUAUCUGCCAAUUUUAAUUGCAGACAAUGGAAUUCCACCACUUACAAGUACAAAUACUCUUACUAUCCAUGCCUGUGAUUGUGAUGAGAGAGGUGGUACCCAGUCCUGCACAUAUGGAGCUCUUACAUUUUCCAUGGGUUUCAGCACAGAAGGUUUAAUUGCUAUUUUGGCCUGUAUGCUAAUAAUAUUAGUGUUUGUCUUCAUGAUCCUGGGCCUAAAGCAGAGACAGAAACAAGAUCUAUUUCUUGAAAAGGGUGAAGAAUUUAGGGAGAAUAUUGUCAGAUAUGAUGAUGAAGGAGGUGGAGAAGAAGAUACAGAGGCUUUUGAUAUUGCAGCACUGCGGGCCCGCACUGUAAUAAGAGCAAGAAAGACUCGGAAAAAUAUCACCACUGAAAUCAGGAGUCUAUAUAGGCAAUCUCUGCAGGUGGGUCCGGACAGUGCUGUGUUCAAGGAAUUCAUUUUGGCCAAGCUUGAAGAGGCCAAUACAGAUCCUUGUGCACCUCCCUUUGACUCUCUACAGACUUAUGCAUUUGAGGGAACAGGGUCACUAGCUGGAUCUCUUAGCUCCCUGGAGUCAAGCAUUUCAGAUCCAGAUCAGAAUUUUGAUUACUUAACUGAAUUAGGACCUCGCUUUAAAAAAUUAGCAAGCAUAUAUGGCUCCAGAUUUCAUGCAAAGAAUUAGUUUUCUAGGGGAUUAAAAAAAAAGAUAUAGUAGGGUAUAUGUGAUCCUAUGGUCUACCAAAUUCGAUAAAUUAGCAGAUCAUAUGUAAACAAGUGUAUUCUAUAUCUCUGUACUGCCAAUCAGCUUUUCUUGGUUUUCUGGCUGUUACUGAAUCUGCUCCAUUACCUACUGUGAUCAUCUUCUAAAUUGCAUCCUAAUGACCACAAAGAGUUAAUGGUUCUUCUUAAGUACUGUCUCCUGUCUCAUAUGUAAAGAGCAACUUGAGCAGUGAACAGAAUCAGAUUUUAUAAGUUGUACCUUUGGGAGGACCUAAUGGUAUGAUAUAACUUUGAAGAAUACUUAAAUGAAUGAAUGGGUUCCUGCCUGAGAAUCUUUUUAGUCCUCUAGGUCCUCCCUUGUAAAUAUUCUGCCUGAGUUAAUCUUUAAAAUAUCUCCAAAGUGUGGCAUAUAACAGGAUU